UGAAAAUAUAGCAUUCGCCGUCAUUAUGCAAAAAUAGAAUAGACGCCAUUAGAAAACGCGCGUUAUACCUGGCUGCACAAGGUCGAACUGCUGAAGUCAUAAGGUUUUGCGGUGUUUUUCAAGAGCCAGCUGUACGUUAAAUAUCGAGUGUUUUUCGCCUAGAGAACCCAGACAAAAUGAAGAUUCGUUUACAGAAUGUCCUGUUUGUUUUCUGCAUGCUUAAGGUGGUACAUGCCAAAUCGAGACACAUACUAUUUAUAGUAGCAGACGACUUCGGUUGGAAUGACGUAGGAUUUCGUAACCCUAACAUUUCGUCCCCCAACAUUGACAAAUUGGCUAAGGAGGGGGUCAUACUGGAUCGUGCUUAUGUACAACCCGUGUGUUCGCCAUCACGAAGUGCUUUCAUGACAGGGGUGUAUCCUUUCAAAACUGGUCUGCAGCAUUUGGUGAUUUGGCCAGAUCAAAAGGUGUGCUCACCAACCAAUCUCACAUUCCUGCCAAAACAGCUCAAGAAACUUGGUUAUUCCACACAUAUGAUAGGAAAAUGGCACCUCGGGUUCUGUAAGUGGCAGUGUACACCUACCUACCGCGGGUUCGACACUUUUUACGGUUACUACACUAGCCACGAAGAUUACUACAAAAAGACAAACGUUCGUGACGGAAAUCUUGGCUUCGACUUCAGAAAUAACAUGGAAACUGAAAAAAGAGCCAUAGGCGAUUACUCAACGUUUCAAUAUACUGCUCGAGCAUUGGAGGUGAUAGGACAACACAACAAAAGUCAGCCCUUCUUCAUGUAUAUGCCUCUGCAGUCUGUUCACUCACCGAUCGAGGUACCAAUUGAGUACGAGAAUAUGUACAAAAACAUACGUAAUGAAGGAAGAAGAAAAUUUUCUGGCAUGGUUACAGCAAUGGAUGACGUCAUAGGUAACGUGACAAAUGCUCUCAAGGUGCAUGGCAUGUACGACGAUACACUGAUUGUGUUUACAUCGGACAAUGGCGGUUGGCCCACCGAGUUUGGUAACAAUUUCCCACUGCGAGGCUCCAAGAUAACGAUAUACGAAGGCGGUACCAGGGCGACGUCAUUCGUACACGGUGACGGCCUCCAGAAGACGGGAUACACGUAUGAAGGGAUGAUUCACGCUGUUGACUGGAGUCCAACGUUAGUAGCAGCUGCUGGGGGAGUGCCUGAAAAGGACAUUGAUGGCAUUAACCAGUGGGACAAUAUCCGGACUGGUGGUCCGUCUGACCGGACGGAGUUUAUCUACAACCUGGACGACCUAGCUCCGUAUGAGACAGGCCAUGCAGCAAUUCGUAUGGGAGAUUAUAAGCUGAUUGUUGGCUACCCCGGUCUGUAUCCAGGCUGGUAUCCUCCUCCCACAUACAAGGGUGACGUCCAUGUCAAAGAAACACCCUACGAUGGCAGUCAGGAUAAUACAACACAGCUGUUCAAUCUUAAAGAUGAUCCAAACGAACAUAUUGAUCUAUCGAACAAACUGCCGGACGUUGUUGAGAAACUUCGGACGAGGAUGGAGGAGUACCACAAACAGAUGGUCCCGGCUAACUACCCAGCAGCAACGUCAGCGGCCAACCCUAAGAACUAUAAUGGAUUUUGGACUCCAGGAUGGUGCUGACAUUGAUUUAUAGUUUAUGUACUUUCUGAUAUAUUUUAUAUCGUAAAGAGGUAAUAGCGUUAACAGUGUUCAUGAAUUAUUGAUAUGAUUCGUUGUGGUCCGAUAAGUCUACGAUGCUAUGAAUGACCUCUGAAACAGUAUAUUUAAUACACGUAAGAGGAGCAGUGUUUGAUAAUACAUACUCGUAACAUAACUACAACGGAUAUAUCACUAAGAAGGAACCAGGACUUAUGCGACGAGGAUAAAUAUAUACAUUUUAUGUGGCGUUUUUGACAGUUGGCGAAGUACAAAGGCUAACAGAUAUAUUAUUUAUUUACAUUUCUGUCAACAUUGUCAUUGUAAACUCGUAACUUUAAAAGGAUAGCUGGACCAUACUGGAAAAAAUAUUUACGUUUUGCGUUUUUUGAUAAAUAGAAAUAUUGACGAUUAGCUAAACCUAUAUAAGGCGAAUUUACGUAUACUACUUUGUAUAAUAUCCUAAUAAUGCCCAAAAGUAUUUACACCGUCUGCAUCAAAUGUCUACAAGACUUUGAUUAGAUUAUCAAAGAUGUAUUUGCCAAACGUUUAAUAUCCUUGCUAUACGGUAAUGGCUGAUAUGUAAAAUUGUUUUUUUAUCCAUUAGUGUUUUAAUUAUAUUACAUGUACAGUGCAAUAUAAAUCUCUAAAGUAAUUUACUGAAAAAUGCAUCAUGUUAGCCAUUGGAAAGUUUGGUGGUUUCCCAAGACAUUUUUGAUUUCUUGAUGUUUGUCUAUGUAUUUCAUUAAAUUUUACAUUUUUGUUGAACUUUGCUGAAGCCAGUCGUUGUGUUAUUGUGAUAAACAUUUGAAAUAACUCGUUUACAGAAUACAAAUUUACACCACACUGAUGGUUGAAUUAAUCUCACGAAAAGUAUUAAAGCUGUAAAAAUGCAUUAAAUAGGAAUUUUAGUGACCUUUAAUAACUCGCUGCAAAUCGUUCAUUACCCAUUAGUUUUUUUGAAAAGAGUGCAAACUACAACAUAAAAACAACGAAUAACAGUCUUACUGUCGAAGACGUUAAUACCAAAUGGUCACGGCAAGUUUGUUAUCAGCAGUAAGUGUAUACAUUGUCUAGAACCUAAUGUAUGUGUAUCCAUAGGUAGGAGAUGAUUCCAACAGAUGACCAGGAUCUGCGUAUACUAGACUAGUUGGCAUUUUUGCUGAUGUUUUUCAUUUGAUAUUUGUUUGGCCGUUAUGUGCAUUAUUUUGUUCUUGUUUAUUAAGUAGACUUUUCUCUAAGAGCGUUACUUCUAUACAACGAACUAUGCAAUGGGAUACAGCAGGCGUAUUCUUUCCCCAGGGGAAUGUUAUAGUUUAUCAUCUAAAUAGAUGUCACUGUGUAUCAUAUAUGCCCGGGAGUUUUGCGAUUUUUAUGGUUGCUGUAAUAGAGCUUGUCCAACAAAUGUUUUGAAUUAAGUCAAUGAAACAGUAAAAUAUUACCAAAUCCAGUGGGUACACUUUAGAUCGUCCUUUUGUCAUUUUCCUACUGCAUGUAUAAUUGUUUUUUGUAGAAGGACAAAUGACAAAUCUACAAAUCUGUUUCAAGUUUGAAAUAAGAAAUGUUUGUUUUGCUAAUGGAAUAACAAAAUCGCUAUCAUAUAUAUCUAUAUAUAUAUCGCGAUUUUCAGUUGUCAUUGUAACUUUUUAAAACUGAUUUGGUAACAAACAUAUGUUCUCUUACUUUUGGGUUUAUAUUUUUCAUUAAUGAUGUGUUUAAAAUAAAAAUUG